AUGGUGGGCCAGGAGAAAAAGCCCAAGGUUUCUGUUUUGCAUCCUAGAGGUCAGCAGGGUCAGAUCCAUUAUGGAAAGUGUGGAAAUCCGUAUGGUAGGGAAUGUCGAGCUGUGGGAUCGGGAUGUUUUAGAUGUGGGCAAUCUGGACAUAUGAGCAGGGAUUGCCCUUGGGAUGCACUAAUUUUCUUUCAUUGCUAUCAGAUUGGCCAUAAAAAGGUUGAUUUUCUGAGUGGAGGAGCAGUGGCAGCACCUGGACCAACCACCUUAAGGAUCAACGAUGGCCGCCAGGGGAUGGCGGAGACACCUGUGGUGAAGAUCAGGGGGUUCAAGUUGACUACCGAUGAGGAUCGAGAGACACUGGAUGUGGUUACCAGGACUUUCUUAAGUAAUGGUAUGACAGAUCAUGUUCUAUUUAAUUUGGGCGCUACCCAAUCUUUUAUAUCUCUUGAGCUUAGCAAGAAGUUUAGUGAUGCUCCUGAGAUUUUGGAUUAUCCAUUGGAGGUAGAGAUUGCGGAUGAUCGUUCUGUGAGUGCUUCGAGUGGUCAUCGAGGAUGUGUUCUAAGCAUGUUCAAUGAGAGAUAUUCGAUUGAUUUGUUCCUAAUGGGACCAUGA